GCCUGGUUGAGUUGUUGUCUAGCGAGGCCCGCUUUGAUCAUCGGACCGGCCGAAGCCAGGACAAACGUCCUAAGCACAGCGACUAGUUCUCCCAGUCAUUUUUAGCCACUUUAUAUUGGAUAUUUUCACCCUUAUACUGGGCUAAGCAUUGAAAGCACACGUUUACUUAACACAAUGUUAAGGGUAAGUGGAGAAGUGGUCCGUCUGUUGGGCCUAGCGGUGUUGUUGAUUACUCCGGUUCAGGGUAGGUACCUCCAAUGUAGGGAACAGCAAUCGAUUGAGAAGCGGGAGGAAGAAGCGAACAUCGUGGUAUCAGGUCUGGUAGAUCGAAUCAUGAGAGAACCCAAACAGAUGACUUACAGCUGUGAGGUGAAAAUUAUUCGGUUUUUCAAAGGCAAAAAUCAAGUUAGUAACGAUAUGUCUCAGGAUAAUAGGAUUAUGGUGAAAGGGUUUGGUAACCCAUCUUUGUGUGAUACCACUGCGCAUAAAGGAGAUGUAAGAAUCCUGAUGUUGAAUCAAGAUUCACAGGGUCAAUUUGCGCUCAACUCAAGCUUGGUUCGAAUUACUAUUGGAAAUCUUGAGCAAGCCGAAGCCGCGGUUUCAGAGGUUCAAGGAUUAGCAUUGGUAGAGGAUAGUGACACAGUCGAGGAGCUGCAAUGUAUAAAUGUGGACCCUGUUUUCAGAGAAUGUAUUCUGAAAUAG